AGUGGAGAGGCUAGAAAUGCUGGAGGCGCGUCGAGCGCGUGCAUUUCUCGCUUAAGCGGAAGGGAAAGUGACGAGCGUAGUUCUCCCCGAAGCUUGUCUGCCAGGUUACGGACAGGACGGGCAAUGUGAAGGUUUCUGAAGCAAUAAUGAAGGAUGUUCAUUUAAGCUUGGCAGACCCGAGCAUGAAGCCGCACCUUCGAGACGCCGACGGGCUGCUGGGCUCCCCGGACCUGGGUCUGCUGAAACUGUCCUCGCCGGACCUGGAGAGGCUUAUUAUCCAGUCGAACGGCAUGGUCACCACGACGCCGACCAGCGCUCACUUUUUGUACCCUAAAACCGCCGCGGACGAGCAGGAGUUCGCGGAGGGCUUCGUCAAAGCGCUGGAGGACCUACACAAGCAGAACCAGCCCACAAGCGGCGGUCUAGAUCCGGCCGCCAACCUCGCCAUGCAGCUGGAGCGACCGGUGUACACCAACCUGAACAGUUACGACACCGCAGUCGACGACUACCAGACGGACGCGGCGGCCUUCCCUCUCCCGCCGCUGCCUCAUCAUUUCAGCGGAGCCGCGUCGGCGGAACCGGAGCUCUCCCGGUGCCCGGCGGCCAAGGAGGAGCCUCAGACCGUCCCGGACGUGCAGAGCUUCGGGGAGAGCCCGCCGCUGUCCCCCGUCGACAUGGACUCCCAGGAGCGUCUCAAGGCCGACCGGAAGCGGCUCCGGAAUCGGAUUGCGGCUUCGAAAUGUCGGAGGCGCAAGCUGGAGCGGAUCUCCAGGUUGGAGGACAAGGUGAAGACGCUGAAGAACAACAACACCGACUUGGCCUCGACGGCCGGCGUCCUCCGGCAGCAGGUGGCCCGGCUGAAGGAGAAAGUCCUGACCCACGUCAGCAACGGAUGUCAGCUGCUGCCGCACGAGGUUCCGGUCCACUAGGUACACCCUGGACAUAAUCAAAAAGCAGCUUUAUAGCACACACAUGUGGAUAAAGAUGAACUUAAUUGGUUUUUGUUUGAGUAUUUACAGCAGGAGUCACCAACAUUUUUGAAACCAAGAGCUACUUCUUGGGUACUGAUUAAUGCAAAGGGCUACCAGUUUGAUACACACUUAAAUAAAUUGCCAGAAAUAGCCAAUUUACUCAAUUUACCUUUAACUCUAUGUUAUUAUUAAUAAUUAAUGAUAUUUAUCUUUGUGGAUCAUCUCAAUGAUUUCUCACAAUAAAUAUGUAUAGAAGCAGAUAGAUAUUUUUAUAAAUAUAUUUUGACUCUUUAAAAUUCAAAAUUCAACCGAAAGAAAGAAGACAAAAACUAGCUUAUUCGAAUCUUUUUGAAAAAGUUAAAAACAUAAUUUAUCCAAUCCAAUCCACUUUAUUUAUAUAGCACAUUUAAACAACAAUAACGUUUCCAAAGUGCUGCACAGCCAUGUUAAAAACAAUAUUAAAAUAACAAUAUUAUGCUCCACCAAUGGCUGAAUAAAAACACAAAAUAAAUAAAUAAAUAUAAAACCAAUAUAAAAAAACAAUAUAAAAACAAAUAUGAUUAAAAACUAUUUUAAAGGGUAAAAUCAAUUAAAACAGUAAAAUAGAAAAUUAAAGUGUAUAAAAAACACAGAGGACCACACAACUCACGUAGUGUUAAAAGUCAAAGAAUAAAAGUGGGUCUUAAGACGAGACUUAAAACACUCCACUGUAGAAGCAGUUUGAACAUGGAGGGGCAGAGUUUUCCAGAGCUUAGGGCCGACCACAGAGAAGGCCCUGUCUCCCCUGGUCUUAAGUCUGGUCUUGGGCACCACAAGCUGGAACUGGCUCUCCGACCUCAGAGCGCGCGCAAGAAUGUAAUUUGAGGUAUAUUGAGGUGCCAGUCCAUGUGAAGAUUUAAAAACAAACAGCAAUGUUUUAAAAUCAAUUCUAAAAUGGAACAUUAGUGAUUUUUCCUGAUUAAGAUUAAUUUUAGAAUUUUGAUGACAUGUUUUAAAUAUGUUAAAAUCCAAUCUGCACUUUGUUAGAAUAUAUAACACAUUGGACCAAGCUGUAUUUCUAUCCAUCCAUCCAUCCAUCCAUCCAUUUCUUACCACUUAUUCGCUUUGGGGUCACGGGGGGCGCUGGAGCCUAUCUUAGCUACAAUCGGGCGGAAGGCGGCGUACACCCUGGACAAGUCGCCACCUCAUCGCAGGCUGUAUUUCUAACAAAGACAAAUCAUUUUUUAAAAUCUUAAUCAUAAAUAUUUCACAAAUAUUCUUUGUUGAAAAAACAGAAGCUAAAAUUAAGAAUUAAAUUAAAAUUGAUUUAUUAUUCUUAACAAUAAAAAAAAAUACAUUUACUUGAACAUUGAUUUAAAUUGUCAGGAAAGAAGAGGAAGGAAUUUAAAAGGUCAAAAGUUAUGUGUUUUAAAAUCUUAAAAUCAUUUUUAAGGUUGUAUUUUUUCUCUAAAAUUGUCUUUCUGAAAGUUAUAAGAAGCAAAGUAAAAAAAUAAAUGAUUUUAUUUAAACAAGUGAAGACCAAGUCUUUAAAAUAUUUUCUUGGAUUUUCAAAUUCUAUUUGAGUUUUGUCUCUCUUGGAACUAAAAAUGUCCAACAAAGCGAGACCAGCUUGUUAGUAAAUAAAUAAUAUUUAAAAAACAGAGGCAGUGCUCUGGUAAGUGCUGCUAUUUGAGCUAUUUUUGGAACACACCAGCGGGCUACUCAUCUGGUCCUUACGGGCUACUUAGUGCCCGGAGGCACCGCGUUGGUGACCCCUGAGGUAGCCCGUAAGGACCAGAUGAGUAGCCCGCUGGCCUGUUCUAAAAAUAGCUCAAAUAGCAGCACUUACCAGUGAGCUGCCUCCAUUUUUAAAAUUGUAUUUAUUAACAAAGUGUUGUAAGCAUUUCACCAAUCUCGCGCACUUUGCAAAUUAUACGUCAUUUAUAAUAAUAAUAAUAACGGAUUAGAUUUAUAUCGCGCUUUUCUAUUGUUAGAUACUCAAAGCGCUCACAGAAAAGUGGGAACCCAUCAUUCAUUCACACCUGGUGGUGGUAAGCUACAUCUGUAGCCACAGCUGCCCUGGGGUAGACUGAUGGAAUCGUGGCUUCCAGUUUGCGCCUACAGCCCCUCCGACCACCACCAAUCAUUCAUUCAUCUUUCAUUCACCAGUGUGAGCGGCACCGGGGGCAAGGGUGAAGUGUCCUGCCCAAGGACACAACGGCAGCGAAUUGGAUGUCAAUAGGUGGGAAGCGAACCUGCAACUCUCAGGUUUCUGGCACUGCCGCUCUACCCACUACGCCAUGCCCCCCAUUGUGCGCAAACAAUUUACAUAUUGCAAGACAAUAUUUUGUUUGAAAAUGGCGCGACCGUGCAAACGGAUGUUUUGAGGACGGCUGAAGAAGAAUUUACGGAAUUGUGCACAGAAAGCUACAUCGAACAGAAGAAGAACAGCAAAACAGUCUCCCAACACUGCGUAGAUGGCAUCAAGGGUUAGGGUUAGUAGCUAGAAGUUCCAACACAAUCAAUAUAUGGCGGGAAGCAAUUUCUAAAAUUGCCAAAAAGAUUGUGCAUUACACAAAUUGCGCCCAAUGAUUUUCAAAAUGUGCACCACACAUUAUUCAAAUAUAUAGCUGGAAGCAAUUUGCAAAAAGAUUGCGCAUUAUACAAAUUUGCAAAAUGCAGUUGCGCAUUUUGCAAAUUGCUCACAUUGGUAUUGUGCCUACAACACUAGACAGCUGGUCUCACUUUGCUCGACAUUUUUAAUUCUAAGAGAGACAAAACUCAAAUAGAAUUUUAAAAUCCAAGAAAAUAUUUUAAAGACUUGGUCUUCACUUGUUUAAAUGAAUUAAUUUAUUUUUUUUACUUUGCUUCUUAUGACUUUCAGAAAGACAAUUUUAGAGAAAAAAAUACAACUUUAAAAAUGAUUUUAGGAUUUUUAAACACAUAUACCUUUUUACCUUUUAAAUUCCUUCCGUUUCUUUCCUGACAAUUUAAAUCAAUGUUCAAAUAAAUGUAUUUUUUAAUUGUAAAUAAUAAUAAAACAUGUUUUAUUUAAUUCUUCAUUUUAGCUUCUGUUUUUUCGCCAAAGAAUAUUUGUAAAAUAUUUCUUUGAACUUAUUGUGAUUAAAAUUUAAAAAACUUAUUCUGGCAAAUCUAGUAAAUCUGUAGAAUCAAAUUUAAAUCUUAUUUGAAAGUCUUUUGAAUAUCUUUUAAAAUGUUUGUUCUGGAAAAUCUAGAAGAAAUAAUUAUUUGCCUUUGUUAGAAAUAUAGCUUGGUCCAAUUUGUUGUAUAUUCUAACAAAAUGCAGAUUGGAUUUUAACCUAUUUAAAACAUGUCAUCAAAAUUCUAAAAUUAAUCUUAAUCAGGAAAAAUGACUAAUGAUGUUCCAUUAAUUUUUUUUUUUUUUCAAAAAGGUUCGAAAUUGAAGAUAAACUAUGUUUCAAAAUUAAAUUUUCAUUUUUUCCCUCUUGUCUCCUCUUUUAAACCGUUCAAUUAAGUGUUUUUUUUUCAUCAUUUAUUCUCUACAACAAUCUUCCGUAAAGGGAAAAAAAUGUACAACGGAAUGACAGACAAAAAUACCCAUUUUUUUAUGUAUACCGGUAGGUAGAUUUAUUUAUUAAAGGUAAAUUCAGCAAAUUGGCUAUUUCUGGCAAUUUAUUUAAGUGUGUAUCAAACUGGUAGCCCUUCGCAUUAAUCAGUGCCCAAGAAGUCGCUCUUGGUUUCAAAAAGGUUGGUGACCCCUGAUUUACAGGAUUUUUUUUUGUAAAUGUAGGUCAAGGUGAUGCUUGUGUGGCUGAGCCAAUCAGUGGCCAGGAUCCUGAUUGAUUCGGUCUCCUCCAGUUACUACAGUAUUUAUAUUUGUACUUUAUUUAGUACUAAUAUAUAUAUAUAUAUAUAUAUAUAUAUAUAUAUAUAUAUAUAUAUAUAUAUAUAUAUAUAUAUAUAUAUAUAUAUAUAUAUAUAUAUGGGGCGGUAAAGCUUGGUUGGUAGAGUUGCCGUGCCAGCAACUUCAGGGUUGCAGGUUCGAUCCCCGCUUCCGCCAUCCUAGUCACUGCCGUUGUGUCCUUGGGCAAGACACUUUACCCACCUGCUCCCAGUGCCAGCCACACUGGUUUAAAUGUAACUUAGAUAUUGGGUUUCACUAUGUAAAGCCCUUUGAAUCACUAGAGAAAAAGCACUAUACAAAUAUAAUUCACUUCACUAUUACCGUAUUUCCUUGAAUUGCCGCUGGAGCGCUAAUUAAUUUAAAACCUUUUCUCACUCCUGCGCUUACCAAAGGCAUGCGGUAAAAGUAAGCAUGCGCUAAUUAUUUCAAAACCUCUUCUCACUCAGGCACUUACCAAAGGCAUGCAGUAAAAAUUUGAGUGUGAUGUAAGCUUGGAUCAUAAAUCCUGCUGAAUAGCUCUUAAUCUUCUUCCCUUUAUGCGAUUUCAAAAUACCGGUAUUGAAUUCAGCCUCCUUCAUUUUGAAAAUGAUGACAGGGGAAGUGUCUCUUGUGACGUCACGAGUUUGACCAGGCGGUAAUACUAAGCAUGCGCUAAUUAUUUUGCGAAGCGAGUUUGACCCGGCAGUAAUUCAAGGCAGGCACAUACUAUAUGCCCUGCGGCAAUUCAAGGAAAUACGGUAUGCUUAAAAAAAUGCAAAAUUUAGGACCUAAACAUUGUAAAUUGAGGAUGUAUUUUGAAAAAAAAAAAUACUGUCAAAUUACAUUGAAGUUUUAGACUGGAAACUACUUAAACAUUGCAUGUUGUUGACAAACUGGAAUGUAGCCCACAGUCGUGUCACAUGGUGAUAUGAAUCCUUUGAAUUACAGUUGUGCGUUCUUCCGAGUACUAUUUAUGUAUUUAUUCUCCUUUUCAAUGUUGCAAGCUGAUGGCUAAAACAAACAUGUGUCAUGUUUACAAUAAAUGCAGUAUAUUCAGUG